GCGGCGACUAUAAAUAUCCCGUCGGAGGGCCCAACAGCUACCUUUUACCUGCUGAGUCAGGUGAGCCGUUCCAUGGGGGCGGGGACCAGCAUUUGAGAAAAGGGCAACGGCGUUGGAGGUAUUUAUUUGUUCGGUUUCAAGACUAAAUUUAGAGCCCUUCAGCUACAGACCUUUUGACGAAUUGUGCCUGGGGCACUCCGGCGGCCUCGGGAGGAGAGAAGAACGCGGGCGACUUUUUGGCCGCAAAGGAGCGGCCCAUCUAAGCGUCCUCCCGUCCGUGUUUUCCUUCGCCCCAAACGGCUGAGCCACAUGGCUUCGGCGGUCUGGGGGAGUGCCCCCUGGUGGGGCCCGCCGCCCCCAGCCCCAGCCCGGCCGCUCACCGACAUCGACUUCUGCUCCGGGGCGCAGCUGCAGGAACUAACGCAGCUGAUCCAGGAGCUAGGUGUGCAGGAGAGCUGGAGUGACGCGCCCAAGCCGGGACCCGACCUCCUCCGGGCCAAGGACUUCGUCUUCUCGUUGCUGGGUCUCAUUCACCGUCGGGACCCCCGGUUUCCUCCCCAAGCAGAGCUCUUGCUGCUUCGUGGUGGGAUUCGCGAGGGCUCCCUGGAUCUGGGACCUGCACCCCUAGGUCCUUACAUCCGGGGACCUCAUUACGACGCCGGCUUUACACUCCUAGUGCCCGUGUUUUCGCUAGACGGCACUGGGCAGGAGCUCCAACUGGAUGCGGAGUCCUGUUCCGCGUGGCUGUGCCUCCCAGAGCAGGUCCGCGGAACCUCGAUCCGGGAGGCUUGGCGGGAUUGCCUAGGACCUCCAGUCCCAGGAGGACGUGACUCCAUCCGCCAAACCGAAAGUGAAGGAGGUCCCGAGGGCCCCCAAACAUCCAUGGACCAGCACGGUUAUGUCACUGAACCUGAGCCAAACGUGUCUUUGGGAAAACCCUCUAGUAACGUUUCCAGGCCCAAGCCGCCUGAGCAAGACAGAAUCGAUCACGGCUUUUCCACCCCACUGAAAAACCUGAAUGGUGACGUCAGGAAAGCAGCCGUCCUCAGCCCAGUCCCACCGCCGUUGGAGGACUGGGAGGCUUGGCCCACACUUUGCCCCAUCCAGGUGGCUACGUGGUUCUUUGCUUCACUGGCCGCGGUGGCUGAGUCCCUGUUCCCGGUCCCGGGUGCCCCACGCUUGGUCCACGCCGCUCGCCACGCGGGAUUCACCACCGUCCUCCUGGCCACGCCGGGGCCGCCGCGCCGCGUCCUGCUCUUCGACCUGAUUCCCGUGGUGUCUGUGGCCGGCUGGCCCGAGGGUGCUCGGAGCCACUCGUGGGCUGGCCCGCUGGCCCCCGAGUCGUCAUCCUUCUACUUGGUGCCCGGCGGCCACACCGAGGGGCCGGGCGCCUCCGGCUGGCAGCUCUGCUUCGCCCGCCAGGAGCUGGCGCUCAAGGCGCGCAUACCCGCUCCGCUGCUGCAAGCGCACGCCGCGGCCCAGGCGCUGCUGCGCCCGCUGGUGGCCGGGACCCGGGCCGCGGCGCCCUACCUCCUGCGGACGCUGCUCUACUGGGCGUGCGAGCGGCUGCCCGCGCUCUAUCUCGCGCGGCCCGAGAACGCGGGCUCCUGCUGCCUCGGGCUGCUGGAUGAACUGGGCCGCGUGCUCGAGGCCGGGACGCUGCCCCACUAUUUUCUGAGCGGCCAGAAGCUCCGCGCGGGGGAUGGCGCGGCUGCGCUGCUCGGGGCGUUGGCCCGGCUCCGCGGGGACCCAGCCCAGGCCCUGCGCGCCGCGGUGGAGGAGGCGAAGGCUGCACGCAAGGGGGGCGGCUUAGCUGGCGUGGGAGGCGGGGCCCAUUAAAGA